GGCGUGUCUAUUGGUCCUUCCUGCAUCCCUCACCUGGCCUCGGUCGCCCGCUGAGCACCCUUGCCGAGCCCGGAAGUGUCCCUCAGUCGGGAAAGAUACACCAGCUCUCCGUACCUAGACGAUGUCAGCGAUGGCCAAUGAGCUGUCCUGACGCCCUCCUUCACACGUGGACAUCAAUUGCGAGCUCAAAUGGAGUUCCGUUCACCCCUUCGUCUCCUUAUUUUGCCUGCUCGUUUAACUGAAAGUGUGUGUGGUCUCACUGAGGAGGCACUCGUGGGAAAAAAGAGCAAAACGAAUUUGGCAAAGCAGAGAAAACUGGGAAUUCAAUCCUCACUCGAUCCCGAGAAAGGGGAAAGAUUUGGCAGCCCCGAGGGCUUCAGAGGCCUCAGGGAAGAAUAUGGGUGACGUCCACGCUGCCCCAAAUCGUCCUGCGCCUCUUCUUCUUUUGCGAGCCUCCUCAGUUUGUGUACCUUCCGAGCCGACCUGAAUGACGGAAGGUAGUACAAGGUACACACACGAUCAGAGAGAGUCAGAGAGAGAGGGGGGAAGGAGAUGGUCUGAGUUCUCUUUUUCUAUGCGGUGUCUGUUGUGCUAUGUGGUGUCUGUUGUGCGAGGCAGCAGGGCAUUCGCCACAAAGACGGAGGGAUGGAGUCCGCAUUGCGACGGCCAUCCUUCCUCGUGUGCACAUGACUACAAGCGAGUGCACUAUUCGCUUUCUCACUCUGUGCGGUGCGACUGUGUCGGUGUGAGUUCAGGCGCCGCUUCCCGUGUGCUCGAUGCUCCAUAGCGAGGCGAGGAGAGUGCUACGCCAUCCCACGGCCACCGUCACAGAUGACCUCUUUAUGGCCUCCGUCGACCAACUCUUCGUGCCAGUGAGUAAUGACUCGGCAGCCUCGAGUGAGUGUGAAUGUAAGUGUGUGUGUGUGUGCGCGGCUGUAGGUCAGAAAGGUGAGGGAGGCAGCCUCGGCCGUCGUGAGCCGCCAUGAAGCAGGCAGGAUGUUCGACUCGUUCCGGUCCGCAGGCACGCGGCUUUGCGCAUCUGUAUACAAACACGUGUGGACACACAUAUACAUACAUAUGUGUGUGUACGUAUAUAUGUGUGUGUGUAUGUGUACAGGUUUGGGUGUCGGCGGCUCUGCAGAGGGCAGAGAGAGGCGGCUGAUUCGAUUGUGUCGCGAUGGCCGACCGCGACAGAGAAAAUCAAAAGUUCAACUCGUACGUCAGAGGGCCACUCACGAGCGUCAUGAAGGGCGCACUCUCCACAGCCGGCGCCUCUACCACUUUGAGCCGCACCAUCCCAUCAGCAGCUGACCUGACCGUCAAUCGGGCGAGAAGCAGAUCGAGACACUCAAGGCCACACUCACUCGCCAGGUGACUGACAGGCAGACACUCACCACUGAGGCAGUGACUGAUUAAUGAAUCACUGUGAGUGAAUCAGGUACUCAGCAGCGUUCAGCGCCAGGCCGUGAUCGACAUAAAAAAGAUGCUCGACGACGUGCGCACUGCAGCCGCCACCAACCAAGACGCGCUCCGCCACCUGACCCCAGCCGACAAGACGCGCCUGGUGACGCUGAUCGACAGCGCACGACCGUCCAUCGAGACAAAGUGGGUGCGCACGGCACUGACCUGCCAGAAAGAAAAAAUCACUCACCUGCGUGUGUUGAAUGCAUUGGAUGGACCAGGAUGAAGAAGCUGAUGCCGCAGGGCCGUCGCUGAGUCAGUGAGUGAAUUAGUGA